UUAACCCGGAAGUAUAUUAGCGGUCUCCCAAGAGCUCAUGUGCGGAGAAGAUGGCGAGCGGUGGAGUGUCAGUGCCUGCGCUGUGGACUGAAGUUAACCGUUACGGACAGAAUGGCGAUUAUACGCGGGCUCUCAAAUCUGUCAAUAAAAUCCUUCAGGAAUGUAAAGACGAUGUCACUGCUCUACAUUGUAAAAUAGUUUGCCUUAUACAGAACGGCAGCUUUAAAGAGGCACUGAAUGUCAUCAACACUCACACAAAGGUCCUUAGCAGUGAUGUCAUCGCUUUUGAGAAGGCAUACUGUGAGUACCGGCUGAAUCGUGUUGAAAACGCUUUAAAGACAAUCGAAAGCGCCACCCAGCAGACAGACAAACUGAAGGAACUUUAUGGCCAAGUGUUAUAUAGGUUGGAGCGCUAUACCGAGUGCCAGGCGGUGUACCGGGACCUCAUCCGUAAUUCCCAGGACGAAUACGAGGAAGAGCGCAAGACCAACUUGUCCGCUGUGGCGGCUGCCCUGAGUACCUGGGAGAAGGCGGCUCCGGUGGGUUCUCUGUUACAACUCGGGUUACAAAAAGGCAAGCUCCCAAAGAAUUAUGACCCCAAAGUGACCCCAGACCCAGAAAGGUGGCUUCCCAUGCGGGAGCGCUCCUAUUACCGCGGCAGGAAGAAGGGAAAGAAGAAGGAGCAAGUGGGCAAGGGCACGCAGGGCACGACGUCUGGGGCCACGGCUGAGCUGGAUGCCAGUAAGAUGGCCAGCAGCCCGCCCACAUCCCCCCGGCCGGGCACCAUGGCCGCAGCGGCCACCACCAGCACUGCGGUACCACCACGUCAACAGAAGCCAGCAGCGUCAGGGGCCACUCGGAAAAAGGCCCCGCAGAAGAAGAAAAAGGGGGGCAAAGGAGGGUGGUAACAUCCAAGAGACACCACCCCCCCCUUACAACACGACAAGGGAAGUCUUGUCAGUCGAGGUCUUCAUGAUUUUUAGGACCUUCCCCACAGCGAACAUCUCGGAGUAAUUGUCACAUACUUAUGGGUGUUUGUGGCUGUUUCAGAAGGAAAUUUAUAUUGUUAGAUGGAGAUCCUAAGCUAUAAUUGCAAGAUCUGAGUAUUUUUGUCAAAUAAAAACACAUUGCCACGGGAUCGUCAUACUGUAUGUACCAAACUGCAAACCUUCAUCUCGCAAGCGCAUGCUUGUUAAUUCUCAUGAAUAACGAUUUUGUUCAGCAUUUUUUUUAAUAUGAGAAAAUGUCUACAAAGUUAGAUAUUUAUUUUUGAUUUCGGCAUCAAGGUCCUAUGUUAUAAUUUUAUGAAUGUGAAGACCUGAUUCUGUUAGGAGGGGAACUGUGGAUUGUAUGCAGUUUGUCAGGAGAACAUUAAAUGAAAAGGUAGAGGAGUAGUGCUGUGUGAAACUUUUUCAGCAAACAAUAAAAUGAGUUGAUUGACGCGUCAA